GAGUCAAUCUUUGUUUGGUUAACAAAUUUCCCAGCAAAAUAUCCCCUUAAACCCCCCAGAAGCUGUAAUGAUGUCAUAUCCGUUGUCCAGGUCUCCACACCUCUCUCAGCAGUUACUCCCUUUUUCUUUUUCUUGGGUCAAAACUUUUGAGGUGGGCUGGCUGUGUAGCAGCAGGGGAGAGGGUAGACUGUGGCAAGCAGGCUGGAGGCGCUUCAGCACCUCGGCCAGCGCCCACUGCAGCCCAAUCCUCCCUCUUGGAGCUCCCGGACUCCCAGCUCUGAGAAUGCCUGCGGAAUGAUCGCCCCCCAGAGCGGCUGCCUCUACUGCUGUUACUGCUACUGCUGCUGCCACCGCCUCUGCCUCCACUCUGCUCUGACUGGCAGGCAGAAAGUGCAACUGACAAGGGAAAGGUCUCUGCAGUGAGAACGGAGUGGCCACAUAAAAGAGAGUACAGAGGGGACAAAAACCCAGAUCAGAAUGCAGGCGACGUCCAACCUUCUCAAUCUCCUGCUGCUGUCUUUGCUGGCUGGAUUAGACCCUUCCAAGACUCAGAUUAGUCCCAAAGAGGGGUGGCAAGUGUACAGCUCUGCACAGGACCCUGAUGGGCGAUGCAUUUGCACAGUGGUUGCUCCGGAACAAAAUCUGUGCUCCAGAGAUGCCAAAAGCAGGCAACUUCGCCAACUGCUGGAAAAGGUUCAGAACAUGUCCCAGUCUAUUGAAGUCUUAAACUUGAGAACACAGAGAGAUUUCCAGUAUGUUUUAAAAAUGGAAACUCAAAUGAAAGGGCUGAAAGCCAAAUUUCGGCAGAUUGAAGAUGAUCGGAAAACACUAAUGACCAAGCAUUUUCAGGAGUUGAAGGAAAAGAUGGAUGAACUCCUGCCAUUGAUUCCAGUGCUGGAGCAGUACAAAACAGAUGCCAAGCUGAUCACCCAGUUCAAGGAGGAGAUACGGAACCUGUCUGCUGUCCUCACUGGGAUUCAGGAGGAGAUUGGUGCCUAUGACUACGAGGAGCUGCAUCAAAGGGUGCUCAGCCUGGAAACCAGACUCCGGGACUGCAUGAAGAAGCUAACAUGUGGCAAAUUGAUGAAAAUCACAGGCCCCAUUACAAUCAAGACAUCUGGAACUCGAUUUGGUGCUUGGAUGACAGAUCCUUUAGCAUCUGAAAAAAAUAACAGAGUCUGGUAUAUGGACAGUUACACUAACAAUAAAAUUGUUCGUGAAUACAAGUCAAUUGCAGACUUUGUCAGCGGGGCUGAAUCAAGGACAUAUAACCUCCCUUUCAAGUGGGCUGGAACUAACCAUGUGGUCUACAAUGGCUCACUGUAUUUUAACAAAUACCAGAGUAACAUCAUCAUCAAAUACAGCUUUGAUAUGGGGAGAGUGCUUGCCCAGCGAAGCCUGGAGUAUGCUGGUUUUCACAAUGUUUACCCAUAUACAUGGGGAGGAUUCUCUGACAUCGACUUAAUGGCUGAUGAAAUCGGACUGUGGGCUGUGUAUGCAACUAACCAGAAUGCAGGCAAUAUUGUCAUCAGCCAGCUUAACCAAGAUACCUUGGAAGUGAUGAAGAGCUGGAGCACUGGCUACCCCAAGAGAAGUGCAGGGGAAUCUUUCAUGAUCUGUGGGACACUGUAUGUCACCAACUCCCACUUAACUGGAGCCAAGGUGUAUUAUUCCUAUUCCACCAAAACCUCCACCUAUGAGUACACAGAUAUUCCCUUCCAUAACCAAUACUUUCACAUAUCCAUGCUUGACUACAAUGCAAGAGAUAGAGCUCUUUAUGCCUGGAACAAUGGCCACCAGGUCCUUUUCAAUGUCACCCUUUUCCAUAUCAUUAAGACUGAGGAUGACACAUAGGCAAAAGUGAUUUGUUUUUAUUUAUUCAAACACUACCAUUUGUGAUAAAAUCUAUAGGACCCUUUUUUUCUGAUUUUUUGUUAUUAUAAUUGUUCAUCAUUCCUCCAAAGCAAAGCAUUUUUUAAUUGUAAAUUCUGUGUUUUAAAAAAACAGCUGAGUCUAAAUUAAUGUGUUGGAAACACAUCUUAACUCCUAAAUUUACAAGAACCAUCAUGUCCUUGUCAUGAAAAGCACUAAAAAGAGUUUAAGUGACUAAAGUCAUAGUUUUGCAAAAGAUUAAUGAUCUGCCUUAUAUUAGAGUCAGAGACUAAUGGUGGCUUAAAUGCAUGAAUGUCUUUUUUUAUUUAACUCUGUCAAUUUUUAAUGUCUUUUGCUCCACAUCAGGAAACAUUUUGGUAGGAAUUAGUUACAAACAAGAAGCACUUUCCCCACAUUUAUUUCUAAAAAAUAUUUAAGGAUUUUAUUUGUAUCAAAAAAUAAUAUUAAUCAUUUUGCUGUUAACACAGUUCUCUGAUGCGGUGCUGUACAGUCAUUUUUAAAUCUUGCUAACAUUUUCUUGGCAAUAUGUAUUUCUACCAUUGUAACCACCAUUGUGCAAUUGUAUUUCUUCACUUUUGUGAAAGUAAGUAAUAUUUUUUAUAAAAUAUACUGAAAUUUAAUCUCAGUAAUGAUUUGAGUCAAUUUUCAAGUAUGGUAAAGAAGGAUCUUCUUGGCUUUGCCCUUUACAGGAGCAUUGUAAACUAAAAGGAAAAUCAAACUAGAUACUUAUAUUGAGUAUUUUCUCCCAAAUUUAUUUGAAUACUGACAUUGAUUGGAUGGAAACAAUGACUCAGUGUAGCCAAGUUACUCUAUUCAUUGAAAGCAACCCAUGUAGUUGCUUGAAAAAUACAUCUGAGUACAAAAAUUUUAUUUGAGUUGACUCCACUCACUUAUUAUACACAAAACACUCAUUCAUCAUAAUUAAAUAUAUUAGUAUCUUAACUCAUAUUUUACAUGGAACUUGCAAUAAUAUAAUUCCUUAUAUUGUAACUCUAAAAAGUCCAAGAAGCACAUGAAAACUCUUGAGAAACAAAACUUCUGUAAUAUCCUCUAGAUAUAGAUCAUCCACUCUGGAGAAACAUUGGCAAGAAUUGUAGAGAAAAAAAAUAUAUGGCAAGACCUCAGAAUUAUCAGUUUGGUUUCAAAUGUGUAAAUAAUUCGGAAAUGACAUAGGAAGGCAAGACCUUUUUACCCUGAUUCACUAUAUGGCAGAAAUAAUAGAACCAAGAAAAGAAAGCUUUAAUACUAUGUUAUGUUAACAACUCCACAAUAUAUCAAACAUGUUCUUGAGUUUGGAUACACUUUCUAUAUACUUUUAAGAUUUUUCCUAAGGCAGUUUUAUGGAAACUAAUAUGAAAUAAUUUUAAAUUUUAGAAGUAUACUCUAUAAUAAGUAGUAUAUAACUUAAGUGGUAAAUGUUUAGUUCCACAUAUAUGAAAUAUCAAAAUUUUCUUUGAAAACUAAGGUUAUAAUUCAGAUAAAGCAUUGUAUGAAGAAAUGCUAAUAUUUAGGGUAAUUCAUUCCAAAUGUAGCAGAUUAAACAUCAUUUUCAAGUAUUUCACUGUCAAAAUUGUAGGAGUACAUACCCCAGUCUUGAAAUUGUUCAAGUUUAAUAAAGAUUUCUUUUUUGCCUAAAAAAAAUAAGGAUGAUUUGAUGACCACUCUGAGUCCUUUUGCAAUGUUGUCUUCUCUUUUAAAAAAAUUUGCAUAAGUUUCCCAUUACUAUAGAGAGUUGGAAAGUUUAGGACAUUUAUGUGUCAUGGUACACACUCCACAAAAAUAAUCAGUCAAUGAUUUGUAUGUAAGUUUGUAUGAGAAAAAAAGGUAACAUUAAUUUCAGAAAUAAAUGGAAUUUGUAAGUAGAUGGCCUCUAAUAAAUAGCUUCUCCUUACUUGUUUUUUAAAAAUAAUGUUAUACAGUAUCACAUACAUUCAAAAUAUGGAUGAUUACAGUUUAUUUGUGGGGUAUGUAGUUUGUAACACACUUUGUGUUCUAUGUAAGGUUAUAUCACCAUAUCCAAUUUCCAAUGUAUGUGCCGCUAGAGCAAACACAGAUUUUUAUUGUCACUACAAGUGGGGACAACAUCAGUUUAAAAAAUGACUUGCAUUAAAUAUAUAUAGUUUGAGUAUUUUUCUUAUUACAUUAUUAUUAGUUCUGCGCCUGAAAUAAAUAAGAAUUUACUUUAGUUGUCAUUUUUUUAAAUCUCCAACAAACAAAUUUUAUGAGAGAAAUAAUGAGCAUUUUUAAAUCAUCUAUAUAAUCCAGCUAGUAAAGAGAUCCUACUCAGAAAGUCUUAAUCUUAAGUGAACUGUGUAACUGGAAUUUUCUGAAUUAACUAAGUCAUUAACAACUUCCAGGUCAUCCAAAUAGUACUAUGUUUAUGGACUGAUUGUGUUCGUGUGUUAUUUGUAUUUGUAGCCCUUGAAUCACAAUGCUUAUUACUUGUAUUUAAGGUUAUAUCUAUGGGUUCAGAAAAAUGGUAGUAUUUCAGUGCAUUACAACUAUGUAGAAAUAAAAGAGAAAAUAAUAGCAGAUGUAUCAUAUAUAUAAAAUCAUGAGUGAUUACUUAUGAUUCCUAUCUCCAUACUCAGUCAUUCGCCCUCAUAAUCAGCAGUAUUUUCUCUGACAAAAUCAUAUAUUUAGAAAAUAAUGUUCACUUUUGAUUGACCCUUAUUCCUCAUAAGAAACAGUUCUUCACAUUUGAAACCACUAUAACCUUACAAUUACAAAUUUUUCAAAUAGAAGAAUUAUUUUUCUAUAUAAUCAGGUACAAUUGUACAUAUAUUCAUUUCAAAAGAAGAC